AACUUUCGCGGCUCGUCUACCAUAAGUACAGCAACUUGUGGUGUUCUCCAUUAACAUUGUGGAUCGUGCUCCAGGUGCAAUCAAAAAGGAUUCACCACACACUGUCAUGCCGGGAGAAACAAAGUCGGCACUCGACUUCAAGCUGCAUAUGAGUUUAUAAUUGUCUAGUUUUUAAGCAUGCCGCUUGUGUGCUUCGCCUGACGACAGAGCGUUGGCGGAAGACUGACAAUGUCGGUGUCGAUGUUAGUGCCUAGGUCCUGUAAGGGCGGGUGUUGGUAGACUGACUUGACUGAUGGGCUCCAUAUUACAUCAAAUAGCUCCACUUUCCUUUUACAGGAUAACUGCUCUGUGAGCCUCCCUUGUUCUCUUGUUCGGGCGUGUGUGUGUGAGUGCGCUUGACUCCUUUGCUCUGUAAAAUAUGCAAUUAGAAAGACAUCAAAGCAGAGCUACCGCUCAACGAUGAUAGACCGCCCACCACCCGCAGGCUAUUACUUACAGUUACGUCCAAUAUAAUAGCACUUUAAAUAUAACUUAAAUCCGUAUUUUCUGUGUGUUCUGAUUAUCCUUCUGCAACUUUGAUAUUGUGCUUUGCAACUCUUUAACAUUUUUCGAGAUUUUAUUAAGUUAAGAUCUGCUAGGUCAAAAAGUCUUAAGGUCGAAAUUUGUUCUGUGGCUUACAAGGAAAAUUCACAAAAUCUUCGCUGAGCGGAUAAAAUUUGUUAAAAUAUGAGGGUGGCUAUUAUUUUAGACGUAGCAGUGCUUGACUACUCUUACUGUCUCUUCCUUGCUUAGCUAUGCGCUUUGACACAAGCACAUAGAGAGUGCCAGUGAGGCGAGGCGAGGGUGAGAGGCGAGAGGCCUCAAGUAUCUGAGCCCCAUCAUUAGUGUGCCGUGCGCCACCGUUGACGGAACUUUGUCUACCGCCGCCUCUACCACUGCUUUCAAUAUUAUUUAUUUAUAUUUUUCACUUUUAAUAAAAUGUUGUCGCUGCCGCCGAAAGACUUGGCCAAACUGUCGGAAAGAUAAAGAGACGAACAGCCUGUCGAGGUCAAUUGGCUUAAUUACUGUGUGACAGCGUGUGGACAAGUGGCAGAGGCGUGCUCAAAAAACUUACACUGACACCAGUAACCAUACAUACACACAUACGUACUACGAUUAUUAUGUACAUUCCAUCGGAUCUGUAGUUGUAACUCUCAGUCAAUAGAGUUCCUUGUGAGGGAAAAACAUUAAAAUUAAUGGGCUUUGGUUUUCAUUUGAUUCAAAAUAUAGAGAACUGAUACCUAUUGUACACACAUCCAUACAUAUACUUACAGUGGACAGUGCAAGUAAAAAAACUAAGCCAUUUAAAGAGUUUGAAGCGCAAACAUAAAUGUAUGUGUGAAUGUAUACAUACAUCUGUUUAGAAAACAAAAUUGAAAAUCUUAGUGCUCUCUGCUGCACUGUCCAUAAGCAUUUUCUUAUCGAACGGAUGCAAUGACAUUUGGACAUGUACAUAGAUGAAGCAGGAGAAUCGCGUACGAGUAUUCGUGGAUGGACACACUCAUUUCCCUUCGACUGAUCGACUUAUCAGUAGUGGCAGUGAACAAAAUGCACUCAGCAUAAGCGCAAUAAGAAAUACUUGUGUAAAACAACAAAUUCAGUGGACUGAAGAAAAAACGAUAAAAAUGCGCCCCAGUGGCUGGCAGUUACUGGUUCUACUCCUCCUGCUGUGUCUCAGUCUCUAUGGCGCCGUGCGCCAGUUGGAUGAGAACCAGAGCACCAAGAAGGAUCACCGUCAUGCCUCAGAGCGACAGGUGCGGCGCCGCAACAAGAGCAACGCCUCCGCCGACCAACAAAGAGUUCUGGUCACCAGUAGCACCAAAAGCAAGACUUCGGAUGGCACGGAGUCGGAAGAUUAUGACUGGCUGGAUGUGGAAACCAGCGAGGCACUCGAUAGUUCGGAGACGAUGGCCGUUCAAUCAGUGAGAGCUCAUGGAGAUGGCGAGUCACAUGAUAUCUUCACAUGUUGCAAUCAGGUCUUUGGCUCAUGUCGCACAGCUUGCGAAAAUUUAUCGUUGGUGGAGUUUGCCUCGGGAGGCGCUGGCGAUGGUCGUGAGGAGCUGCGAAAGUAUUGUCAACUGCCUCAGGUGGAAUUCUGGAAGUGCAUAAACCAAACUUUCGAAGCGGUCACCCGCGGUGCCGACUGGUCGGGCAGGCGUUGCUGCCAAUUUGGUGUUCUGCAACAUUGUCGAAAUGUCUGCGCCUCGGCGAACCAAGCACCGGUCCACAACUGCAGGCGGAGCGAUGAACAAAUGCUGUACGACUGUCUGGAGCGCCAGGAAGCGGCGGAUCGGUGCUGUGGGCAGGCGCGCACCUCCGAGUGUCUUCAGACUUGCCGUGCUGCCUUUGAGCCCUCCAAUGCCAGCCAGGGACAUGUGGACAUUGGUUCCUCAUGCGGGGAUCGCAACUUGGAUGUGGUACAAUGUAUACACAACCACACGGAUAUGGCGCCGUUGGCCAACGCCGAACAAUAUCUGCCGUGCUGUGCGUACAGCAACAAGGAGCACUGUCGCCACACCUGCCGGAACCUGCUGCAUCAGAAUGGGACCCAGGUAGAGCGUAGCGAAGUGAUUUUUACGCGGCUGGAGGCGGCAGGCUGUGGCACGCCCUUGCCACACUUGCCCUUCUGGCAAUGCUUUCUGACGGUGACUCGAAAGCUGUAUGUUCCAGCUGGAGGAGGACUUUCAUCGCACCGACGAGUGGGGGGCAAGGCAGCUGAGGCUGUGGGAGAAGCAAACCACCUUGGCAUCGAUGCAGCCAAGCGUCAGUGCUGCGAGCAGGCCAGUAGCCACAGAUGCCGUCACCUCUGCACCCAGAUCUUCACCAGUGACUGGUGGGAGACACGGGCCAGCUUCGACAGCGAGUGUUUGGAGCAGCCCAACGAACGUGAGCUUCGUCGAUGCGUAGAGAGCGUGGAUGCCCCGUGCGAGCUUGGCUGCGAUGGCCUCAGCUUCUGCUCAAAUUUCAAUAAUCGUCCGACGGAUCUCUUCCGCAGCUGCACCGCAGCCCACGAUGCGGCGGCCAGGGAGGAUUUCCUGAUGCUGCAGAAGCGCGGAUUUGUUCGGGUUCUCGGCCAGGAACUUUUCAUCAAGAACACCACCAGCUGUGCCCCAGACAAAUGGCAGGCUCUUGUCUGCGCUCUGCAACUGCAACCCUGCACUAGGAUGGGACUCUUCAACGGCAUCUGCAGCGAGGACUGCCACGAGCUGCUGGAGGAGUGCUUGGACUGGACACGCCAACAGAAGCGACCCCAGGCCAUUUGUUCGCGCCUCCAACCCUCUGCAGAAGAGGACGAGGAGCCCCUCCCUUGCAUCACCUUACGGUCGUAUCUGCGGAAAGAGCCCCGCAACGCUGUUGGACCUUACGGACUGACCUCGCCCUGCUCAAAAAAACCGUGCAAUGCAAGUGAGGUGUGUGUCCUGCAGAGGAGAGGCGACAUCCAAGGCUACGCCUGCAUUCCAGGAUGCAGCCUGGGCCAGGCCUCUAGCCUGAUUGUGCCCUUUGGGGCGUACGUACGCCUCGGCAAGAGCAACAUCCACACUAAGUCCGAUGUGGGCCAGCCACUGUCCGCCGAGCACAUUGUUUGCAGCUGCGGACUUCAGGGCCACCUAGAGCAGUGCCAGCCGUUGCCCAGCUACACCCACGCCCACUGCACCCUUCCAGGGGGACGAAGUUUUCGCCAUGGCUCAUCCUUCUACCUGGAGUGCAAUCUAUGCAGCUGCUUCGCCGGCGAGAUCACCUGCACCAAGAAGCAGUGUCGCCUGCCCGGAUUCACGGACUCCAGCUACACAAGCCUCCCAUGCAACUGUGCGGCUCAUUAUGUGCCCGUGUGUGGCUCGAACGGGAACACCUAUCCCUCGGCCUGCGUGGCCAAGUGCCACAUGCCGGAGGGCAACUAUGUGUACGGGGCAUGCAAUGCCCGAAAUGCUUGCCAGGCAGCGGCUCCCAACAGUUGCCCUCAAGGAACCCAGUGCCUGGACAAACGGAAGGUUUGCCUGGCCAGCAUGCAGCGGCCCUGUCAGCAGUACGUCUGUGUAAACGCCAGCGCCACAAACUGCUCCUCCUACCAUCAGGGUGAGGUGUGUGACACCGAGGGACGAACUCACGCCAAUGCAUGCGAUCUGCUGAGAGAAUAUCCCAGUGGUCAGGUGGCCUAUUGGUCGGCCUGCCAGUCGAAUCGCGCCUCGCCGUCGCCCGUUUGUGGAAUUAAUGGGGUGACCUAUCGGAGCAUUUUCGCAGCGAGGGCCGAGUACGUGCUGGCCGACUACGUGGGUCGCUGUCGGGAGGUGGGUUUGCUGGCCAGCGAAAUGGGAAGACGGUGUCGGACAGUCCAAUGCCCGGCUCCAGUGUCCAGAAACUGUCGAUUGAUUGUGCCGCCUGGGGCAUGUUGUCCGCUUUGUGCAGGCGGAGCCUUCAGGAUUAUCUACUCCCGGAAGCAGUUUGAUCGGGCCAUGUAUGGGCUGCGAGCUCAGAACAGCACGUUGCUCACGCUGCAUGGUGUGCUCCAGCAGCUGGAUGGGCUGGUGCAGGUUAACGAGUGCCAGCUGACGGGAUUUCUCACCAUGGAAGUAGGCAUUUUCGUGGCUCUGGUGCCAAGCAGCAGCAUCAAGCGACCAACCCGGCUCCAACUGGAGGCUUGUGCGCGCGAGGCAGAAAAGAUAUCUUCUCUGAUAAAUGCCCAGCCCCCAAGGAUCACUACCAAUCUGGCCCUCUCAUGUCUAACUGUAUCGCAUCUGCUGGAACCCACACCAAAUGGGGCGAAACUGCAUGGUUCUAGAGCGAUUUUGCUAGUGCCCCUCACCCUGUUUUUAGUUUGUAACAUAGUUGUUAGUAGUUAUAUUAUAAAAUAUUAGCUUUAUAAUGAGUGUUUAAGAUGUAAACAAUCAAGUGAAUUCUUGGUGCCAAUUAAUCAAUUAGUUUACCAGAUGGAAUGUGCCUUCAACGUCUAGGAAUUGUCCCUCUAUAUUAUGUGAUAUUAGACUCAUUAAUUAAUGUUUAAGCAAAAGGUCCGGGUCCCAUUGAUCACUUUUGGAUAGAAGCGCUAUGUAUGUAGAAUGGGUUUUUAUUCGCUGUCGGCCAAACCAUCGUUUGUCCAUGGGCGCAGCUAGUCCAAUUAAAAUCUCACAUAUGGACCCCCCAACCCCAACUAGUAAAAGGGCGAAUUAAAUUGAAGCGUUGCUCCAUUUAUUGAACCAC